UCCUCCUGUGCUAAAGCUUUGAAUUAGGGUUUAGGGUUCUCUCUCUCUCUCUCUCAGUUUUUCCCAAAUCCAAAAAUUGAAAUGGCUUCAGUGAAGAGAAAAUCCAUUGAAAGCCAACAAGAGGACCGUCCUCUUCUUCCUCCACAGAAACAACUCAGAGAAGAUCACAGCAACAACAAUAGUAGCAGUUCGAAGAUUAUUGGGCAUGGCGAAGCAGUUGCGUGUCUGCACGACGUGUCGUAUCCAGAGAAUUAUGUCCGUCCUUCUUCAUCUUCAGUUACUCAAAUUCAAAAGGACUCAAAACCCGCAAAGGAAUUUCCUUUCACUCUCGACCCUUUUCAGUCUGAAGCCAUCAGUUGCCUUGACAGUGGCCAAUCUGUGAUGGUCUCAGCUCAUACAUCAGCUGGGAAAACAGUAGUAGCAUUAUAUGCAAUAGCUAUGUCUUUGAAGAAUCAACAAAGGGUUGUUUACACGUCACCCAUCAAAGCACUUAGCAAUCAGAAGUUUAGGGAGUUCAAGGAGGAGUUUUCUGAUGUUGGUCUCAUGACCGGUGAUGUUACCAUUGACCCUAAUGCUUCUUGCCUGGUGAUGACUACGGAAAUUUGGCGAAGUAUGCAGUAUAAAGGGUCGGAAACUACUAGGGAAGUAGCUUGGAUUAUCUUUGAUGAGGUUCAUUAUAUGCGUGAUCGAGAAAGAGGUGUGGUUUGGGAAGAAAGCAUUCUCAUGGCUCCCAAGAAUGCUAGAUUUGUCUUCCUUUCUGCCACUGUUCCUAAUGCCAAAGAAUUUGCUGAUUGGGUUGCAAAGGUCCACCAACAACCAUGUCACAUUGUUUAUACUGAUUAUCGACCAACACCCCUCCAACACUAUAUUUUUCCCUCUGGAGGUGAGGGUUUGUACCUGGUGGUGGAUGAAAAGGCAAAAUUUCGAGAGGACAGCUUUCAGAAAGCGGUGAAUGCAUUAGUUCCUAAGGCUGAAGGUGAAAAGAAAAGGGAGAACGGGAAGUGGCAGAAAGGCUUAAAUGUGAGCAGACUUGGUGAAGAAAGUGACAUAUUUAAAAUGGUAAAAAUGAUCAUUCGCCGCCAGUACGAUCCUGUCAUUCUUUUCUCAUUUAGCAAAAGAGAAUGUGAAUUUCUUGCCAUGCAGAUGGCAAAAAUGGACCUAAAUCAGGAUGAUGAGAAAGCUAACAUAGAAACCAUCUUUUGGAGUGCCAUGGACAUGCUAUCAGAUGAUGACAAGAAGCUACCUCAGGUUUCAAAUAUGUUACCCCUCUUAAAACGAGGUAUUGGUGUGCAUCAUUCUGGCUUGCUUCCCAUCCUGAAGGAAGUGAUUGAGAUUUUGUUUCAAGAAGGGCUGAUCAAGUGUUUGUUUGCUACAGAGACAUUCAGCAUAGGUUUGAACAUGCCUGCCAAAACUGUGGUAUUUACAAAUGUCCGUAAAUUUGAUGGGGACAAAUUCAGGUGGCUAUCUAGUGGAGAAUAUAUACAAAUGAGUGGCCGGGCUGGCCGUCGAGGAAUUGAUGAUCGUGGGGUAUGCAUCCUUAUGGUGGAUGAGAAGCUUGAGCCUUCAACUGCUAAGAUGAUGCUUAAAGGAAGUGCUGAUAGUUUGAACAGUGCCUUCCAUCUAAGCUACAACAUGCUUUUAAAUCAAAUGCGCUGUGAAGAUGGCGAUCUUGAAAAUUUGCUCCGCAAUUCUUUCUUUCAGUUUCAAGCAGACAGGGCCCUUCCUGAUCUUGAGAAACAAGCAAAAGUCCUUGAAGAAGAGAGGAAUUCAAUGGUAAUUGAAGAGGAAGAAAAUCUGAAGAAUUAUUAUGAUCUGAUACAGCAGUACAAAAGUUUGAAGAAGGAUGUUCGUGAUAUUGUGUUUUCUCCAAAGCACUGCCUGUCCUAUCUGCAGUCUGGCAGACUAGUGUGUAUCCAGUGCACAGAAAGUGAUGACAAGUCCCCUUCUUUCUUGAUUGAAGACCUAGUCACAUGGGGAGUGAUAGUCAAUUUUGAUCGAGUGAAAGGUGUUUCAGAUGAUGAUGCAAUUAGAAAACCAGAAAAUGCAAAUUACACCGUGGAUGUUCUUACAAGAUGUGUUGUGACCAAAGAUGGAGUUGCCAAGAAAAAAAUCAAGGUUGUCCCAUUGAAAGAGCCUGGAGAACCUCUCAUUGUUUCUAUUCCUAUUGAUCAGAUAAAUAUUUUGAGCAGUGCUCGCUUGUAUAUGUCAAAGGAUCUUUUGCCAUUAGAAGUUCGAGAGAACACCCUGAAGCAGGUUUCAGAAUUUCUUUCUAGAAAACCUAGUGGGUUGCCCUUGGAUCCUGAAGGAGACAUGAAUAUUCAAAGCAGCUCAUACAAAAAGGCAGUUCGUCGGAUAGAGGCUUUAGAGCACCUGUUUGAAAAACAUGAAAUUGCAAAAUCUCCACUUAUCAAGGAAAAGCUCAAAGUCUUACACACGAAGCAAGAAUUAACAGCCAGGAUCAAGUUAAUCAGGAAAUCAAUGCGCUCUUCCACAUCAUUGGCUUUUAAAGAUGAACUUAAAGCUAGAAAACGAGUUCUUCGGAGGCUUGGGUAUAUCACAAGUGACGACGUUGUGGAGUUGAAGGGGAAAGUGGCUUGUGAAAUUAGCAGUGCAGAUGAGUUGACCUUGACAGAGCUCAUGUUCAAUGGGGUUCUCAAGGACAUAAAAGUGGAGGAAAUGGUCUCUCUUCUCUCAUGCUUUGUGUGGCAGGAAAAACUCCAAGAUGCUGCAAAACCAAGGGAAGAACUUGACUUGCUUUUUACACAAUUACAAGAUACCGCUCGAAGGGUUGCCAAACUUCAGCUUGAAUGCAAGAUUGGCUGAUGAUGCCAUCUACCUAGAUGGUGAAGUGUGUCCUUGUAGCCAUAAGGCAGCUGCCUCUUGUAUAAGAACAUCACCGUUAUCUUUUUAAAAUGAACUCCUGGUAGUCAAAUUUCAAAGAAAAAUACACAGAAAGCAAAGUUGAGUUGGGCCUUCAUCCCCUGCUUGUAUGAAUUAUUGAUACCCAACUUUUCCAGACUACUACAUGUUUUUAUGCUUAGCAUUGGUUACAGAUUCACCUGCAUUGUGCCUCACAGAUUUUGGAUUGAGUUUGGCCUUUAUGCACAUUUUAUGCCCCUUUUCUAAAAUUAGUAUGAUGCAUGCUACUGUAUUUGAAAAUUGAUUUUCUCUCCUCAUUGUCGUUUGAUUGAGUGUUCCAUUUCUUUUUUCCCUUCUAUUUUUUUUUAAACAAAAUGACAGGUACAAAUUGAUGUGGAGAAUUUUGUGAGUUCAUUUCGGCCUGAUAUCAUGGAGGCUGUGUAUGCCUGGGCAAAAGGAUCCAAGUUCUAUGAGAUCAUGGAAAUUACUAAGGUUUUUGAGGGCAGCUUGAUCAGGGCAAUUAGGAGACUAGAGGAAGUUCUUCAACAGCUUAUAGAAGCUGCAAAGUCCAUUGGUGAGACAGAGCUAGAGGCCAAAUUUGAAGAGGCUGUUUCUAAAAUCAAGAGAGACAUUGUUUUUGCAGCAUCACUAUACUUGUAGUGGAAGAUUUUGGCUUCACUGUGAGCGGGGAUAAACGGAGGGGAAAACUGGAAGGAUCAGUUUUUCCCAGGGAGUCAAAAUUUCUUUAUGAUGCACCCAGACAGGAGGGAAAAGAUCUUUGUUGUUAUGAAAGCAAACUAAUCUCCAAUAGAUGCACGUGGGAAAGCUGCGUUAAAGAGGGGAACAAAGAUGGCUGAAGAAUUCAACUGUGCAGUCUCAUGUUUCCAAUGCGCAUGCUUCUCGGAGGUGUCAUGCUCCUACUGAUCUUGUGCAUCAGAAUUGUGAUGACAAGAGUGCCAUUUGGAGAAAGGAAAGAUGAAAUGAAACAACCAAGCUGUAGCUCUCAUAUCCUGAACCAGGAAUUUUGAGCCUUUGUUGGCUAAUCUUCAACCCUUUUUUUUUAUUUAUCUCAUGGAGCACAGUAGGUGUACUAUAUAGGUAGUCAAUCAGCAGUUUUGUUUUUGACCUGCACUUCUCAAUUUUGCUAUGAACUCAUGGUUCAUGGAAUAGAAUUGACUGCCUACUAAGACAUCUUUUAGUUAGGGGAUCGUUGAUUAAAAUAUGAAUGCAUCGGUUAUGAUUAAGCUUGA